UCCGGCCCCUCGCCAGGGUGAUUGGGCUCUGCUGUGGUAGGCGCCGAGGCUCGGGGCGGGGCGGGCGCGCUGGCUCUGAGGGGAUUUCUCAGGGCGGAGGAGCCGGAAACCGAAAGUCGGGCGGGGGAGCGGGAAAGUUGGCUGCGUGCGGGGCGCGGGGCUGAGGACAUCGCGGCCUCCCAGCCUUGGGUGGGCGCUCUCGCCUGCCCCCAGUCCAGGGCUACUUGGCAGCCGGCCGUCGUCCCCGCACCCGGGACCUGCGGCUCAGACCUCCCUGGGCCGGGGUCGCCUCUGUCCCGGCCCGGGCUCCCUUCCUUCCGCCAGGCCCCAGCUGUCCCCAGGUGGCUGAGCAGGGCCGAGUCCGACCCCCGGGAGUCUGCUCCCAGGAGGCCGAGGAAGGCUGUGCCUGGGGCGCCCAACAGGAGGGGUGGACGCAGCCAGCAUCCGCGGACUCCAGGGCUGGGGACCCGGGGAAGUUGUCGGAGCGAUGAACCUGGAGCUGAGGACUCGGAUCCUGGCCGCGUGCACCCAGCUCCUGCUCGCUGGUGGCCUGAACGCACAGCUUGCUCGUUGGAAGUUGCCUGCUCCUGGCUGUCGUCCACCUCAUAGAGGCCAUGCCUGGCCCUACCCCAUGACUCCUGUCCCUGUGACUCAGGUCACCUCACCUAUGACGAUUGUGGGAUGUAGCAACCCAAAGUGACUGUUUUUAGUCACUGCACAGGUGCAGUUUAGCUACCUGGGAGGCUGAGGCAGGAAGGUCAAAAGUUUGAGGCAAUAGAAUGAGACCCUGUGUAUAAAUAAAAAAAGCUGGGGUCCUAGCACAGUGGUAGAGUAGAGCCCUUGCUUAGUAUGCCCAAGGCCCAGGCUUCUGUCCCCAGCGCUGAAAAAAAUGAAAAACCUGGCCUAGGAGAUGUGAGACCUUAGUAGCACCCCACAAAAAAGGUUGCUGUUUUAGGUGGAGGCCCAAGCAACCCAGACCUGUUGCUGAGUCUUACUUUUUGAAAUCAGCUUUGUUGCAGUAUGCUUUAAGUGUUACAGAAUUUGUUGUGCUGUGUUUGAACAAAGACGUUGCUCUUGUGAGCAGUGGGGAGGCUGUGCCAUAGGUGCUGUGGCUUCUCAUGGGGUGAGGAGGUAGCUGUCAACUUGGGGUGAAGCCGGGCCACAGGAGGUGUCAGAGGCCUCUGCGCUCGGUGUUCCUUCUGCCUGGGACCCUGGUCCCAGUGCACCUCUGUGCUUCCUGUCCUGUGUCCACUGUCAUGUCCUGUUUGCCACCUCUGAAUCCUGGCAGGGCUGCGAAGCAUCCAUGCAGUGGGUGGAGUGAAGGCCAUGCGGGCUGCUAGUUCCCAGCCAGAGCCUUCUCUUGCCGAGGGGAUAUUCUAACUCCCCCAGGUUUUGCUCCUCCUGGAACCCUGAAGGAACAACUCUCUCUGGAGCUGUAAUUCUGUAACUGCCGGUGUCACCCAGAAGAAGCCCCCUCCAGGGAGAAAGCUCUCCAUCGUUUCACUCUUGUCUCCCCAGCGUCAGCUUGGGCUUCAUGUCAGACCACAGGAAAUGCCGGUCACCCCUCUCACCACCCCUGUGUGGUUGGCGUGUAGAUUCUGACCGUGGCCAGCCAGGGCCACGUGGUGUGUGGGGGUUCCAGCUCUCAUGGCUGUAGCCAGUGUGACCCCCCCGGGCUCUCUGGACCUGCUGCAGCCGGGCUUCUCCAAGACGCUCCUGGGGACGAAGCUUGAGGCCAAGUACCUGUGCUCUGCCUGUAAAAACGUCCUGCGGAGGCCCUUCCAGGCCCAGUGUGGCCACCGCUACUGCUCCUUCUGCCUGAACAGCAUCCUCAGCUCUGGGCCUCAGAACUGCACUGCCUGUGUUCACGAGGGGAUCUAUGAAGAAGGUGUUUCUAUUUUAGAAAGCAGCUCGGCCUUCCCGGACAACGCUGCCCGCAGGGAGGUGGAGAGCCUGCCGGCCAUCUGUUCCAACGAGGGGUGCACCUGGAAGGGGACCCUGAAGGAAUAUGAGAGCUGCCACGAAGGACUCUGCCCGUUCCUGCUGACCGAGUGCCCUGCAUGUAAAGGCCGGGUCCGCCUCGGGGAGAGGGAGCGCCACGCCGAGCAGGAGUGCCCAGAGCGGAGCCUGGCCUGCCGGCACUGCCGGGCGCCCUACUGUCGAGUGGACCUAGAGGCGCACUACGAGGUCUGCCCCAAGUUCCCCAUGGCCUGCGACGGCUGCGGCAAGAAGAAGAUCCCUCGGGAGAAGUUUCAGGACCACGUCAGGACAUGUGGCAAGUGCCGGGUCCCCUGCAGGUUCCACGCUGUGGGCUGCCCUGAGCUGGUGGAAGCCGAGGAGCUGCAAGGGCACGAGGGGCAGUGGUUGCGAGAGCACAUGGCCCUGCUGCUGAGCGCCCUGCUGGAGGCCCAGACCCUUCUGGGGGGCCAGAGCCAGGCGGGACCCGAGCUGUUACAGCGGUGCCAGGCCCUGGAGCGAAAGACAGCCACCUUCGAGAACAUCGUCUGCGUCCUGAACCGGGAGGUGGAGAGGGUGGCUGUGACUGCGGAGGCCUGUACCCGGCAGCACCGGCUGGACCAGGACAAGAUUGAGGCCCUGAGCAAUAAGGUGCAGCAGCUGGAGCGGAGCAUUGGGCUGAAGGACCUGGCCAUGGCCGACCUGGAGCAGAAGGUCCUAGAGUUGGAGGCGGCCACCUAUGAUGGGGUCUUCAUCUGGAAGAUCUCAGACUUUGCCAGGAAGCGCCAGGAGGCUGUGGCUGGCCGCACGCCGGCCAUCUUCUCCCCAGCCUUCUACACGAGCAGGUACGGCUACAAGAUGUGUCUUCGAGUCUACCUGAACGGCGAUGGCACCGGGCGGGGGACGCACCUGUCUCUCUUCUUUGUGGUGAUGAAAGGCCCUAACGAUGCCCUCCUCCGCUGGCCCUUCAACCAGAAGGUGACGCUGAUGCUGCUCGACCAGAACAACCGAGAGCAUGUGAUCGAUGCCUUUAGGCCCGACGUGACCUCCUCGUCCUUCCAGCGGCCGGUCAGCGACAUGAACAUCGCCAGCGGCUGCCCCCUCUUCUGCCCCGUGUCCAAGAUGGAGGCCAAGAACUCCUAUGUGCGGGAUGACGCCAUCUUCAUCAAGGCCAUCGUGGACUUGACGGGUCUCUAGCCACCCCUACCUGGCACAGUGCCGAGGGAGGAGCCACCGCAGGGCCAGGGUCCUGCACACAGGUGGGCGGGAGGAGCCCACGCCGUCCCAGCAGCAGAGACGGAGUAGCUGGUCUGGCGAGCCCUGUCCUCUCCGGAAGGGUCCCACGUGGGUACCAGGGCUCCCGGCCUGCUCCUGCGGCCGGAGUAUCUGGCCGCUGGGAGAAGAGCAGGGUGGUCCUGGAGCAUAGGGCCGAGGCCCCGCAGGCUCUGGACAGGAGUGGCCGUGCUGCCCGUGGGGCCGACCUGGGCUGAGGAGCUGUUGGUAUUAAACCUUUGAGAUCCCGUG